GGAAGCGCAGUAUAGGCCUACACAGGAAGAAUUAGAAGACGACAACGAAGAUUCAACAAGACCUCAAGGCGAAACGCAAAAUGACGAAGAACGCCAAAGCGAGGAGAACUUCGAGAGUAUUGAAGAAGAUUUAGAAGACUACGACGAAGAUCCAACAAAACCCCAAGGCGGACCGCAUAACAACGGAGAACGCCAUAGCGAGGAGGACUUCGAAGACAAUGAGGAUACGGAGUAUACACAACAAGAGGCCGAAAGUUACAAAGAACAAUAUUCACAAAAUGAGUCAGAGGAACAAUACUCAGAUAACGAGAGGUACGAGGAUGAACAUUCCCUACCGGAUCAAGAGCGAGAAAACAGCUCAGAAGACGAAGAAUGCGUCAAUAAUAUACAAAUAAAUUUAAUCACGAUAAGUGAUAGCGAUGAAGAAAUAUCAUCAGAUUUAGAUUCAGAAGACACGAUCUUAUUGGAAAGUCAAUGGAAGAGAGAAGAAAGAGGUAGAACUCUGAAAACAACCCUAAAGUCAAAAAGGGACAAUAACGAAGUUGACAGGGAAUUGAAACAACCCGACAACAACAGCUUCAAAUCUAUAGGGAUGAGCGACCUACCAAUUAAAAAGGAAGAUCAUAGCGAGGAGAAAACCGCUCAAGAUCAAUAUGGAAUAACAGAAAGAAUUUUCAGCCAAUCGCAAGGCAAGGUAAAAACCGAACUUACUUCAACGAAAGAAAAAGAAGAAAAUUUGCUCCAAAGAAACAAAGAAAGGCAAGAUACAUCAAAAGAAUACGAACAGGAACAUCAACCUGAAAAUUAUAAUGAAACUUAUAUAUUAGACCAAUUAGAGGUCAAGAAAAUUGAAGAUUUGCCUGAAUUAACAAAUAGGCGCAGAAACGAGCGAAAAGCCGUAAUAAACGUUAAAUCAAUAUUAAGAAAGUCAAACACAAGACAAAGUGCAGAAAAAUGCACAAAGAGGCUAAAGGACUAUUUUAUAAAUCCAAAGGAUACUACGGAUGAGUCAGACAAAGAAGAAAAAGGAUUUUCGAGUGAAGAAGGGUAUAAAACUGAUGGCAAGGAUCUCCAAAGCGAGAAAACACAGACCAUUCCUGGAAACACUCUGAAGAUGAAGAUAAACAAGAAGGAAGUUACAUGGAAGUCCAGCCCCAAAACGAAACAAGGUUACCCAUCGCAACAAUUGCGUAAUUCAUGCCAAACAUUAUCAACAACGACGGAAAACCGCGUAAAGGCAAAUACAGACAGUGCCACGAAAACAGUCGUAAAUAAAGUAAGAAAAGCAGGAGAUCUAGAAGAAAAGAUAAUAAGAGGAAGAAAAAUGUCAUCGUCAGAGACGGACGUAAACUUCGAUUUGACGGAGUUAGAAAAGGAAGAGAAAGAAGUUGCGGAAGCAUUGAAAGUAGAAAUUGAGAGAAAGUUCGAAGUCUUAAGAAGAAGAAGACAACUAAAGGAAAUGAAAUUUAUGCUACAAAAACUGAGGCAAGUACCACAGGAUCAACCCACCAAAGACCUCAGAACGACAAUCCAGCAGACGGAAAUUAGAAAAAUAAUGGAGACAUGUAAGAAUUUAACAUACAAAAGGAGAAUCGUAGAGGAUUCAUUUAAGAUCCAGGACGACAAAGGAAAAGACAUAUGCAAGGUAAGCGCUACCUUUGUGAUUCAAAAUCUCAAGCAAGAAAAAGAAAAGGAAACAGCGAUGUACCAACUUCACUAUACUGUCAACAAUGGACAAAUUACAAGGAACCGUGUAUUGAAAGCGGAACAAAUAACAAGCGCAGAUACAAGAUUUAAGAAAUACGCAAUGACCGAGGCACGAGUAAUAGAUCUCAUAAAGCCAACGAUAACGAAUAUCGAGAUACCGUCUACAUCCAAGGAUUAUACAAAGGAAAACGUCGUACCGGAAACGUCAAACCAAGAUCAACCGGCUAAAAGAAAGAAACAACAAUCCAGCGACGAAUCAUCUGAAGAACCAUUAGAGAAAAAGAAACAGACGAAAGCAGAAGUCGCAAGGGGAAGACCAAGAAUCUCAGGGAGAUUUGUCUCAAAAGACGCAAUAAAAGAGGACAUCGAGACCAAACAACUGAUACUCACCUUGGAAGACCAGGAAAUGGCGAACGAGGUCCAGAUCCAGGAAGAGAAGAAAUAA